UGCAGUUUUCAUGGCUGCUAUCUUUGAAAAACAAAUUUAAGAACGUUCGGAAACGGAUGCCACCUGGGUGUCCCGAAGUAGAUGCACAAAAGGAGAAAGUGAGAGUGCGGAAGCUGGGUGACGGCUGUGAUCCACAAAACAAAGUACCGUUCCGCCGUGAGACUGCUGUUUCCACUUCUUUUGAGAUGGAUUCAGUGUUUGUGACAGAGACAAUAAAUUUCAUGAAGAAAGAGUUGUCAAGUUCGAACCCAAGCAUGGAAAAGGUCAAAGAUGCCAUGGAUCGAACAACGCAGGCUAGGAGAAAGUGUCUAGAAGUGGAUUCGAUGAUUAUACAGGACUUCUUGAAGUUGUAUCCAGCACUGAUGGUUGAAAAAGAAAUCUUGAAUGAAUGCUGCCGUCUGACGUCCAUUUCACCAGACGAGUCCCUUCUACAAGCCCUUCGGCAGCAUGCCGAUGGAAUUCUUCAAGCAGUGCAAUAUAAACGACCCGGAUUGCCUACCUACACCUUGGUGACAACAGCAAUAGAAAGGGCACAAGGGAUCUCCAAGAGCUAUCCUUGA